AUGGCUUUAGUAGAACCUGUUGGCAAAGCUGGUGGGCUUGCUGUUUUUUGGAAAAACACCACAAAGGUUUUGAAUGUUUUAUCUACCCCUUUUACCAUUGAACUCCUGGUGAAGGAUGAUAAUGAACCUGAUAACUGGUGGUGCAUCUUUGUUUAUGCUAGCACUGACGAUAAAAUUCGGAAAAAGCAAUGGGAUUCCUUCAUCAAUAAAAAUGAGCUCCUGGAUGUUGGGUUUGAGGGUCUACCUUGGACUUGGAGUAACCUGUGGGAGGGUGAGGGCGAAAUUAAACAGAGAUUGGACAGAGCUCUUGCAAGUGCUGAUUGGUGUGAGGUUUUUAAAGAUGCAAGAGUAACUCAUAUUGAGGUUGAAGCCUCUGAUCACAACAUCAUCCUGCUGGAGACAGAACCUAGAAUUAGGAAGCCAAAAAGGAGAUUUCACUUUGAUCCCAGAUGGCUACAAUUUAGGGAAGUAGAAGGCUUAAUCCAAGAGGCGUGGGGCAAAAAUCAAGUGGGGUCCAGAGGUAUGCGAAUCAGCAGGAAGAUAAAGCAAUGUAGGAUGUCCCUCUCAGCUUGGAGCAGAACGUUGAGGUUAAAUAGCAGGAUAGAAAUCAAAAAGAUCAAAGAAGAGAUUCAAGCUUUGAGGACCAGACAUGGUAGUGAUAAUAAAGAAACCAUUAGGAUGCUUAGGAAACAAUUGUCUGAUGCCUACAAGCAAGAGGAACUUUAUUGGAACCAAAGGGCAAUAAUCAAUUGGCUUCAAAAUGGGGACAAGAACACAGCCUAUUUUCAUGCUGUCGUGAAGGGUAGAAGGAAAAGGAACAGAAUUUCCAGACUGGAGAAGGAACAGGGAGGAUGGUGUGCAACUGAGGAUGAGAUUGGGGAGGAAAUUGCUCAAUUUUACAGCAAGUUGUUCACAUCCUCGAAGCCAUCAGAAUUUGAUGAGAUAUUAAAUGGUAUUCCUAAGACUAUCACUGAGCAGAUGAACCUGCAACUUACCAGACCUGUCACUGAGAAGGAAAUCAGGAGUGCUGUGUUCUCCAUGCACUCCAACAAAUCUCCUGGGCCAGACGGUAUGUCUCCAAUUUUCUUUCAAAGAUAUUGGGAUAUUAUUAAAAUAGAUGUAGUGAAUGUUAUUCGAAGCUUUUUUCACACUGGUGGCCUUCCGAAAGCUAUCAAUGAGACCCUAGUCACCCUUAUUCCUAAAAUAGACAACCCCCUCAACCUGGUUCACUUUAGGCCUAUUAGUCUGUGUAAUGUUUUUUACAAAAUCAUCUCUAAGGUUUUGGUGAACAGACUCAAACCUUGUCUUAACUCCUGCAUUAGUUACUCCCAAGCUGCUUUUGUCCCAAAUAGGCAAAUCCUGGACAAUGUCAUGGUAGCACAUGAAUACAUGCACUGGCUGAAGUCAAAAAGAGAGGGGAAAGAGGGGUACAUGGCCAUUAAACUUGAUCUCUCCAAAGCAUAUGAUAGAGUAGAAUGGAAUUUUCUUUAUGCCAUACUUUGUAAGAUGGGGUUUGCCCCUCUGUGGAUUAGAUGGAUGCAUGGUUGUCUGUCCUCGGUGUCUUACUCCUUUAACGUUAAUGGUGUUAAGAGAGGGUAUGUUAGGCCUUCGAGAGGGAUUAGGCAGGGAGAUCCCCUAUCUCCGUAUCUUUUUUUGUUUUGUGCUGAAGGGCUCUCUAACCUUCUUAACAAAGCUGUGCGUAACAAACAAAUCACAGGAGUCAAGAUUGCAAGACAAGGCCCCAAAGUUUCUCAUCUCUUUUUUGCUGACGACUCACUUAUCUUUUGUAAAGCUAAUGGUGAUGAAGCAGGAAAUAUAAAAGAAAUACUUGAGGCCUAUGGGAAAGCAUCAGGGCAACAAAUCAACAUCAACAAGUCUGCGGUCUUCUUCAGUAAAAAUACAGGCAGCAGAGAGAAAGAGGAGGUUUUACAAAGGUUAGGUGGAAUCCAACAUGUUACACAAGGGAAGUAUCUGGGGUUACCCUUAGUUGUGGGAAGGACCAAAAACAGUGUGUUCAGGUUUAUUAAAGAAAAUAUGAUGACUAAAACCCAGAGUUGGAAAGGGAAACUCUUAAGUAAUGCAGGGAAAGAGGUCUUGAUAAAAGCAGUGGCUACUGCUCUCCCAUCUUAUGCCAUGUCUGUUUUCAGAUUAUCCAAAAGCUUGUGUAAAGAGCUAAGUGGGUUAAUGGCCAGAUUCUGGUGGGGAAAUGACGAAGGGGAAAAAAGGAUGCAUUGGAAGAAGUGGACUGAUAUAGCCGAGAGGAAGGAGAAUGGUGGGCUUGGGUUUAGGGACCUGUUAUGCUACAAUGAAGCUUUGCUAGCCAAACAAGUUUGGCGAAUCCUUACAUGGCCCAACUUGUUAGUUAGCAAAGUCAUGAAAAGCAGGUACUUCCCUAACUCAAAUAUCUUUGAGUCUAAGGUAAAGGCUGGGGCAUCCUGGAUUUGGCAAAGUUUACACAGCUCAUUAGAAUUGUUGGAAAGUGGGAUGUGGAAGCAAAUUGGGGAUGGAUCCACGGUCGAAAUCUGGGAAGACAGAUGGGUAGAGGGGUCAAAAAGUGGAAGAAUCUCUACUCCCAAACCAAAUGGCUACCAACUGAGCAAGGUUAGCAAUCUGAUUAAAGGGAGGCAAUGGAACAAGGACAUUAUUCAAGGACUUUUCGCAAAGGAGGAGGCAGAGGCAAUCAUGGCAAUUCCUCUCAGUAUAUUCCACAAAAAGGAUAGGUUCAAAUGGAAAUAUACAGCAAAUGGCUGCUAUUCUACUAAAUCUGGUUAUGCUAGGGCCAAAGAGCGAAUCAAAGAGACCAAUGAGAAGAAAAAGGCGCAUGUUAACUCCAGCACAAACAAAGAACGUUCUAAGGUAUGGAACCAGAUUUGGGGACUAAACAUCAAACACAAAAUUAAGCACUUUUUGUGGAAAUGUCUCCAUUGCAUCCUUCCAACUAAUGAGGAAAUCUUUAGAAGGACGGGCAAGGGUGAUCCGACUUGCAAGUGCUGUGGGGAAGAGCAAGAAACUAUUGAACAUGCAUUACUUCAUUGCAAAGCAAGAGAGAUGGCCUGGGCAAUAUUCCCUGUUGCAUGGGACGGCAUUCAAGACUAUACAUGGAACUUUUGGAGAUGGUGGGAACAUAUGCAGGGAGCCAGAUCAAGGGAAGAGGGAACUAAACAUAUUGAAAUUACAGCAAACUUCCUCUGGCAAAUUUGGAAGGCAAGAAAUGAAGGAAAUUUUAACCAGGCAUCAACAGAGGGACACCAGAUAAACAAAAAAGCAAUGGAUGAAUGGUUAGAAUAUGAGGAUGAAGGUAGGAGGACUGAGAGGGACAGGGAAUUCAGGCCCCCCCUAGAUGACAGAAGGAGCAUGUUAAUUGGUCUAAUGGAACAGCAUAGCUCCAUUAUGUAUACGGAUGCGGGAAUGAACCAGGCAAGAACGAAAGCUGGAGUGGGAAUCAUAGCUAAAGAUAACAAUGGAAAGAUUCUGGCAACUUGGUCCAUCCCACACUCAGGAACUAGAGAUGCUGCAGAACUGGAGGCUAUGGCUAUUAGAACAGCCUUGAGCAAGGCCUUAGAGGAGAACAUGACAUCCCUACUGAUUCUCUCUGACUGCAAAGCUGUAGUGGACAGGAUCAAUAUAGGAUGUCAGGGCCUAAACUCACUGGACAUGCUAAUUGAAGACAUAAGGCAACUGAGUCGCUCAUUCUGGAAAUGCUCCUUCUUUCACAUUAGGAGAGAAAUGAACCUGUGUAGUCACAGGUUAGCUAAGUUAGCAGUUAGCGUGGUACAAGAAAUUAGGUGGAAGCAAUCCUUCCCUGUGUGGCUUCACAAAGAAGCUCACAAUGACUUCCUGGCAGUUGCCAGACUUUUGUAA